AUGUACGCGUUAAUAGUCCAAAAGUUUAUCGAAUCCGGCGCGCCGCUCCUCCCAAAAGUCCCCUUCGUGACCGUCGAUCCGUCGUCCACGCUCUUCCCAUCCGCCGCCACGUCACCCUUCGGCCUGGACCUCGUUCCAACCGUCCCCGUUAAAGAGCAAGAGCUUUCCAGCGUGCAUUCCGAGGAGGCACUAGACAUGGUUAAGGAGCAUUUGGCUACUAUUCUCGGACCGCGUCCGACGGGCCCCAUGGCUGCUUUAAUUAACGACGACAGGGUGGUGGUGGGGACGAGCAAGCUGCGAUUAGGACAGGUGUACGCGGCGUCGAUUAUGUACGGGUAUUUUCUGCGACGCGUGGAUCAACGGUUCCAGCUGGAGAAGAGUAUUGGGUUGCUCAAGGGCUUCAUGGGGAGCGCGGGGGGAAAGGGGGACGCGGAGGGGGAGGAGGGGGCGCAGCAGGUGGUGUUUCCGCCUGAGGAGGUAGUGGAGGAGGUGAAGGGGGAGAGCGCGGGGGAGGGGGGGAAGGAGGGGGAAGGGGAGGGGGAAGAGAAGGGGGAAGGGAAGGCGGAGCAGACGCUGCGCGCGUAUGUGCAAUCGUUUGACCCGGAAACUUUGCAAAUGACGGCCACGAUGAGAAGCAAGAGGAAUAUCACUCAUUCCUCCCUCUCCCCCCUGUACCCCUUUCCUCCCCUCCCUUUCCUCCCCUUGUACCCGGUUCCCCUCAUUCGUCUCGCCAGGGAGAGCGUGGAGGUGAUCGAGAGGCACACGGAGGCGCUGUUCGGCAAGCCCAAGGUGGAGGCGAACGAGGAGGGCGUAGCGGUCGUGAAGGACGAUGCGGCGCGACUCACCGUCAGCACUCUACGACGCCUUGUGUUGGAAGCUGUCGCGUUUGGGGGGUUCUUGUGGGACAUCGAGUCCUUUGUUGAUACGCGGUUUAAGAUCACCACUCCUUAG